AUGACGACUGUCAAGCGCCCCAACCAAGAGCACCACUCAGCGGUAAUUCGUGUUGUCUUAUUGCUUGUGGCAGUGCUGGGUGCAGCCUUUCUUCUUUUCAAGCAUGACCCCUACACCCAACCUGUCUCCGGUGUCAUCAAAAAGGCAGAGUCCACGCUGCGCCAGAGGAAACAAGAAGCAAAGACAAGCCCCACACAAACCAAUGCACCACUGGCAUCGUCUGGAAGAACCUUUGUCAUGGAUUUGGCAGGAUUGAAGGAGGGGAAAACAGGUAAAAUUGUGAUCAAAACGCGUCCUGAGUGGGCACCACUGGGCGUCGAACAAUUUCAUCAUUUGAUGGAUGCUGGCUUUUACAAGGAUAAUCGCUUCUUUCGGGUGGUGAACAAUUUCGUGGUUCAAUUUGGCAUUCAGAGUGUGCCAGGGAAGUUUCCCAAAGAACCUCCCAUCAAAGAUGAUCCUGUCAAGAUGACCAAUGAUCGAGGAACAUUGACGUUUGCUACCUCUGGACCCAAUUCACGAACGACCCAGCUGUUCAUCAAUAUCAACAAAAAUGGCAACAAGUUCCUGGAUAAGCAAGGAUUUGCACCUAUUGGAGAAGUGAUCAGUGGCAUGGAUAUUGUUGAUCAGAUAUAUUCAAACUAUGGGGAGUCGCCCAAUCAAGGGAAAAUCCACCUCAAGGGAAACGAGUACCUCAAAGCUGAGUUUCCAGAUAUGUCGUACAUUGCAGAUACAAGAUCACAAGAUGCUUAA